UCCCCGUAAUUAGCAUUCCCAUUGGCCAUGCUCCAUUUAUAUACCAUUACGCUUUCGUCCGGCUUUCGAUUCUCUUCCAGUCUUCCUAUCCGACCUUUUUCCAGGCCUUUCACUGCAUUAAAUUUCACACUUCGACCUCGGAAAAAAAAAAAACACGAAAGCUCAACUCUGACAAUCACUGUACAAACCAACCAAAGAAUCCCUCUGGGCCGCAGCAUCUCUUCAUUCUCUUCUUCUGCAUUCAUUACCCUGAAUUUCUGUCCUGUUUCUCGCUCCGGUUACUGUACGUUCAUUCCCCCACAGCAGUUUGCCCUUACCUUUUCAUUUUCGAAGUUUUUACCUCUCGGAUUUUAGCCUUUUUGAUGCAUUGUGAUUGAUCGAACCGCUUAGGGCUGCACCGGCAUAAUUCAAUCAUAAUGGUGCUCGGGCUAAGAUCAAAGAGUCGAAAAAGUGUUUCAGUUCAGGUUCAUUACCUUAUCCAUGUACAGGAGGUAAAGCCAUGGCCCCCAACAGAGUCUUUGAAAUCUUCUCGGUCAUUGUUUAUUCAGUGGGAAAAUGGUGAUCAGAAUUCUGGGUCCCUUACUUGUGGUGUUAGGGACGGAAUAAUUGGAAUCGGCGAGUCCUUUAGGCUUCCGGUUACUUUAUGUAGGGAAGCAUCCAGAAAAGGCACAACCCAUGAAAGGUUUCAGAAGAACAGCUUAGAUUUUUACUUGUAUGAACCUCGAAAGGACAAGGCAGUCAAAGGUCAAGUCUUGGGGACGGCUGCCAUAAAUCUUGCGGAUUUUGGAGUUAUCAGAGAAACCAUAACCGUACGUGCUCAAUUGAACUGCAAAAGGAGUUUCAAGAACUCGAUGCAACCAAUUCUCUAUGUGAACAUUCAACCUCUUGACAGAGAUAGUUCCAGCUCCUCACCGAAGGACAGCUUGUCGAAGGAAGUCUCGCUGGAAAAAAGCAAAUCGUAUUCGCAAUUGACCAAUGACGGGAAUGAUGAGGAAACUGAGAUUGCGGCAUUUACCGAUGACGACGACGACGAUCUUUCAUCACAUUCAUCACAGCACAUUACCUCUUCUACUUUUGAGACUGGAGGAUAUUCACCACAGCGAAGAGAUCAGAGCAAAUCAGAAUCGGCCAAGGAUAGCACAGAAAGUGUUAUUGUUGGGAUUUUGGAAGACGAAAAGAAAAAGGAGCUACAGGAAAAUGGACAGGAAGAAGAAGAACAGACCUUAGAGCUGGAGACAUGUCAUGUAGAAGAAAAAUUAGUUGGUAAACUUUCAAAUGAUGCUGCCCUAAAGCAAGUCAAAUUUAGGCACAACACUCUUUCAUUCAGCGGGUAUUCACUUGGAGUUCAGGGACUUGUUCAUAGAACUAAUGAAAUAAAACAUGUAAAGUCUGUUCAGUUCCCUCUCAACUCUAACAAUAGCAGUGCUACGUUCAAAACUAGCCGGUUCAUGGAACAGGAAGACAAUAUUAACGUUCCAGAAGCUGCUAGUGCCAUCACAAAUGCAACUAGUGAAAGCAAAGCAACAAUAAAUGACUUUUCCAAGGAAAAAUCCGAAUUAGAAUGUAAAGUCAAAAUGCUUGAGGAAGAGUUGCGGGAAGCUGCUGCUGUUGAGGUUGCGCUAUAUUCAGUGGUUGCUGAGCAUGGGAGUUCUGCUACCAAGAUCCAUGCUCCAGCUCGGCGCCUUUCCAGGUUCUAUCUUCAUGCUUGUAAAGCAAGGUCCCCUGCUAAUAGGGCAAGUGCAGCUAGAACUGCUGUUUCAGGAUUAGUUCUAGUCGUUAAAGCAUGUGGAAAUGAUGUUCCAAGGUUGACUUUCUGGUUGUCAAACUCAAUUUUGUUGAGGGCAAUAAUCAGCCAGGCUAUUGAGAAAUUACAACUUUCUGCUGGACGAAACACCUGCAGUAAUGAAGAGUCAUCUCUGCACGUGGAACAGAAUAAUAAUGCUGUGGAAUAUUUUGAAGACUGGGAGGACCCACAAACACUUAUAGUUGCAUUGGAAAAUAUUGAAGCUUGGAUCUUUUGCCGGAUUAUUGAGUCUGUGUGGUGGCAGACUCUGACUCCACACAUGCAGCCUGCCAUUGCUAAGGGCUCGGGCUCAAGGAAAACCCAUGGAAGGAGAUAUGGUUUAGGUGAUCGGGAGCAGGGGAACUUCUCAAUAGAUCUAUGGAAGAAGGCUUUCAAGGAUUCUUGUGAAAGACUCUGUCCUCUUCGAGCUGGAGGGCAUCAGUGUGGCUGCUUGCGUAUGCUGGCUAGAUUGGUAAUGGAGCAAUUAGUGGAUAGAUUAGACGUGGCAAUGUUUAAUGCUAUUCUUCGCGAAUCAGCUGAAGAGAUGCCGACAGAUCCCGUUUCUGAUCCCAUUAGCGACUGUAAGGUUCUGCCAGUUCCUGCAGGGAAAUCAAGCUUUGGUUCUGGAGCCCAGCUAAAAAAUGCUAUUGGGAACUGGUCAAGAUGGCUCACAGAUUUAUUUGGAAUUGAUGAUAGCGAUCUGUAUGAAGAUGGGAUUGAAACUGAUGACAAGAAACUGAAAUGUGAAAAGUCCUUCAAGGCUUUCCAUCUCCUUAAUGCAUUGAGCGAUCUCAUGAUGCUUCCUUUUGAAAUGAUUGCUGAUAGGUCCAUAAGAAAAGAGGUAUGCCCCAAAUUUAGUGGGUCAUUGAUCAAGAGGAUUCUUAACAAUUUUGUCCCAGAUGAGUUUUGCUCAGACCCAAUUCCAGAGGCUGUUUUCAAGGCCAUAGAUUCUGAGGACUUUCUUGAGGAUGAGGACUAUUCCAUCUCAAGCUUUCCAUGCACUGCUGCUUCUACAGUCUAUCAACCACCUCCAGCAGCUUCACUAACAAGCAUCAUAGGAGAGGUUGGAAGUCAAGCUAUGAGGAGCGGGUCAUCGGUGCUUCGAAAAUCGCACACUAGUGAUGAUGAGCUCGAUGAGUUGGUUUCCCCCACAACUUCAAUUGGCAUAGAAAACUUCCGGGGUUCUCCUACUUCGGUAAAACCCAACUUGAUGCUGAAGAAAGGCAAAGGUCGAAAGAUCGUCAGAUAUCAACUUCUCCGGGAAGUAUGGAGAGAUGAUGAAUAGUCAUGCUUCUUUCAUUUAUUUUCACAGACUGAUGUAUAUAUAGAAAGAGAUCAGGGUAAUUUGACUAAUAGAAUAGACAAUCUGCAACAUCAAGAUCAUACGCAGACAUGCAGUGGAAAGGGUGGUGUUAACAUUAUGCAAUAUUGCUGCUGUAA